ACUUCAACCCUCAGUAUGGCUCCCAGAUACCUGGUUACCGUGGUGAUCUCCCUGCUGUGCGUCACGCUGAGCAUGCUCAGUCCACCUGCGUCUGCCUAUGGCCCCCGUAACUAUGCCUGCUGUGUGAGGUACACCAAGAACCCCCAGGAUAUUGAUCUGAUUAAGGGCUACAUUGAACAGAAAUCAGUGGAGGUCUGCCGUAUCGAAGCUAUCAUUUUUUACCUCAAAUCCAAUACAAAGGUGUGUGCCGACCCGAAGGCUGGCUGGGUGAGGAGGGUUCUGAAGCAGCUCAGUGUCAAGCUGGAGGAAAUGUCUGGUAAGACCGCCCCUACCCUGGGAAGAGGCAGGAGCCUGGCCAGGUCCUUCCCCGGCAGCAGCAACACCACCCUGUAGAGCUGACACGCCAUGAACCGCACUGCUCAACCAGCGUGAGGUGGUUGUUUUGGAUUGUCAGGCAUUGCUUAAAAUGUCAGGGGUCUUUCUGUUAAAAAGCUGAACUAUUCGUCCACUGCUUUAAUAGAAAAGCUUUAUUUUUAGAACUGUAAUCUUUUAAUAAAUAACAAUUUGAAAUGA